GUGAUUUUUCUAACAAAUGAUUGUUUUUUGUCACAAAGCAGGAUACUUCAUUUUUUUUUAUGCUGUAUAUGUUUAUCACGUGUAUUGCGUAACUGUCUUGUAUUGCAGGUUGAUAACAGCAGAGUGUUUCAUAGACCUUCAUACACUGACGGCAUUUUGUCAUAGAACAAAAAGAAGAAUGCAGUUUUGUGUGUGUUUUGUUGUCUUUCUGUUGUUAGUGUCCGUUAGAGUCAACAUGGCUAAACAAGACAUUCUGGAAGACAAUGUCCUUUAUCAUGCGAUUGUUAAAAGAAGUCCGUGUCGACCUUUCCCUGGUCUUCUACCUACUGUUCCUCUUCGUUGCAAGUGCGGGGAAUGCGAUGGCUAGUGGAUUCAGCUAUCCGUCAUUUAGAGGUCCUAACAAUCCUACCAGAAACAGGGAAAUAUAAUCUUUUUUAAUAUGAACUUGUUAAAAUAAA